GGCAAAAUCCGUCCCCACCUCACACGACAAAAAAUGUAAUCAACAAAAAUGUUAAUCAAAGUCCGAAGUAUUGGUAUUGUUUAAUUAACUAUGAUUUGGAAAAAAUUGCACAGUGUCAGCGCGUAACUGCAAACAAAGUAUCAUCAUGACAACCGAACAAAAAUUUCACGCAGCCGUAAAUGUGAUAAGAAGUUUACCAAAAAAUGGAUCGUAUCAGCCAAGCAAUGCUUUGAUGCUGCGUUUCUAUGCCUAUUAUAAACAGGCAACGCAAGGUCCAUGCAAGACAUCUCGUCCCGCUUUUUGGGACAUUGUCGGUAGAGCUAAAUAUGAUGCCUAUAAGGCUCUAGGAAAUAUGUCGAAGCAGGACGCAAUGAAACAUUAUGUGGAUGAAUUACACACAAUUGUUGAGACAAUGAGCUACUCAGAUAAGGUCGAGAAUUUCUUGGAAGCAUCACCAAGUGAAAUAGAUUCUUUAAAUAUGGCCGAUUUGGAACUUAUAGUUGGCGAUGUUAUGGAAAGAGUACGAUCAAGAUCGAAUUCUCCAUUAGGUUCGAGAGAUACGUCACCCAAUAGAAUACAUUCCAAUGUGAGCACUUCACCAUCUGACAUCUCCUCAAGUACGGAAGAGUCGGAUCACAGCGAUGAGGAAUACAUCGAUUCAGUCGAGAUUCCCGAGCCCCGGAGGUCUCUAGAGAAUGGGAUAAUUCCGACCGAUCGUAUGUUUAAUAGUUAUGGAUUCAAAGACAACCCGUCACGGAUGAAACCGAAAAAUGCACCAUAUUCCAAUGUUGAUAUUACACAGGAGAUAAACGAAACAAUUAAUAAAUUAAGAAUAGACGUAGAACAUUUAUCACAUAGAGUUAAUGUAUUAGAAAAUACCAAAAGUGGUUUGGAAGGAGCAUCACUAAAAAAGCAUCACAAGACAUUUUUCAACGGAAUGUCUGCACAGUUAAUAGGAUUUUUAGUUUUGUGGCCCUUUUUGGCAUCAUUUAUAGUGUAUCGGUCUAUACACAGAAAAUAGAAUUGAUGGUUAGUUACUACCUGCAUUUAAGUGAUCGAGAAUUGUAAUUUUACAGCUUUUUUUUUUUAAUGGUUGUUAUUAUAUUUUAAAGGUUUAUCGGUUUGGACAAACAGUGUUGAUUUUAUAGACGUGUUUGAUUUUUUUGUAAUAUUCAAAAUAUCACUUAAUAAAGACGUCAUAAUGUUGA